AUGUCAACAUUCCCUCCUGUCCCCACUCCAUUCCCUAACAUAAUGCCGUCACGAUUGAUUAAGUUAUCACUCUUGGUGGGUGCAGUUAUGGUCAUUACACCCAAUAACCCUGUGCGUACACUGGCUGCAUUUGCUGUGAUUGGGUACGUGGUGACUUACCUGGUUAUACCGAGAGUUGGCCCAAGCUUUGUCAAGAUUGGUCUCAAAGGUAGAGAUUUGUCGAAACGCCAACCUGUUCCAGAAAUACCCGAGACAAUGGGGCUAGUUGCAGCAACCACUUAUCUAUUCCUAAUGUUUGGGUUGAUUCCUUUCAUCUUUUUCAAGUACCUCGUAUCAUUUGGUUCCUUGGCCAAUGACGAGGUCAUGACAGAAAACUACAGAAGUCAAUAUCAGUCAAUAAAGGACAACAGAUUGUUUCCUCAUAACAAAUUGGCCGAAUAUUUAAGUGCUAUACUAUGCUUACAAAGUACAACCUUGCUAGGAUUGUUGGACGAUUUGUUUGACAUUCGUUGGAGACACAAAUUCUUCCUUCCAGCGGUUGCGUCUUUACCUUUAUUGAUAGUAUACUAUGUUGACUUUAGUGUUACCUCAAUUGUGGUUCCUACAUUUGUUACAGAUUUUCCUGGUGGCCUGUAUGCUCUUAGUUUUGUCAACAGCUUCAUAAAAUUUGCAAACCAUUUGGUUACAAGCAUCACUGGGUUGUCAUUUAGAACACUUCAAACUGAUUACGUUGUGCCUGAUCAAGUUCCCAAGUUGGUCGAUUUGGGAAUCUUUUAUUAUGUUUACAUGUCCGCAGUAUCAAUCUUUUCUCCCAACUCCAUCAACAUCUUGGCUGGGGUCAACGGUUUGGAGGUGGGCCAGUCAGUUGUCCUAGCAUUGAUAUUCUUGGUGAAUGACUUUUGCUACUUAUUUUCCAGCAAGAUUUCACAAGCGGCACAUGACUCACACUUGUUUUCCGUGAUCUUCAUUAUCCCAUUUGUCGGGGUGUCAUUGGCAUUACUACAGUAUAAUUGGUUCCCAGCACGUGUUUUUGUUGGUGACACAUACUGUUAUUUCAGCGGUAUGGUAUUUGCCAUUGUGGGGAUUUUAGGACAUUUUUCAAAAACGUUGAUGCUAUUUUUGAUACCCCAAGUUAUCAAUUUCAUCUACUCAGUCCCUCAGCUCUUUCACAUUAUUCCAUGUCCAAGACACCGAUUGCCUAAAUUCAAUCCCGAUGAUGGACUUAUGUACCCCAGCUUUGGAGUGGUAGAAAAACCGACGAAGUUGAAUACUGCCAUCUUGAAUUUUUUAGACAUUUUCAAGUUCAUCAAAUUAGAAAGGGACCCCAAACUGGGAAGAAUAUUGCGAUUCUCCAAUAUGACAAUUAUCAAUCUUUCUUUAGUCUGGUUGGGUCCAAUGAGGGAAGACAAGUUGUGUUUACUUCUUUUAGGGGUUCAAUUCGCUGUUGGUCUUUUCAUGAUCGUAUUUAGGCACACUGUCGGUCCUUGGCUAUUUGGGUAUGACAAUUUGUCAUGGGGAGUGAAGUGA